UUGUCCCCUCGUGUGUAGUGAGUACCGAAGUGAUUUGUAUGGGCGUGACCUCCUCCUACUUCAGUGUGGGAACAAUACAGAAAGAACCAGGACGUCGGUAGGCGCUUAGACAGCCGUGGUGGGACUUAGAAAUUACGAGUACAUUCCACACUGUGGUGCUUAGUUGUUCAUUCGUUAAUUGAGUGUAAUUAGUGUGUGUAUGUGUGUUCUUUUUUUCUCUCCCCCAACUGGGCCAAGUCAAUCAGCAUUAGCUCUAGAAUAGCUUGGCUGACUAAGGUUUACAUGGAGUCAAGGUAGCAGCAGGAUCGUGACGGUGGCAGCAGUGGACGUUACAAGAGAUUGGCGCUUGAUUCCAGUAAAUAAUGUGUUCCUUCUAACAUUGGGUAGAUUUAAGGAACAGAAAGAAAAAAAUUGAAAUCAAAACUGGAGCGGGAAAAGUAAAAAGCUACACUAGAACAUUCGAGUACACGAUUGAAGAAGUCACUAAAAAAAAAAAGGAUUAUAUAUUUAUAGUAAAUAUAUUUUAUUUGCAUAUUGAGAGAAUUAUCUCCCUGAAAGUGUUAAGAACGUUGGAAGCUACGACUGCCUGAUGACUGAAUAUAAGUUGGUUGUGGUUGGAGCGGGUGGUGUUGGAAAGAGUGCCUUGACCAUACAACUCAUACAAAACCACUUUGUGGAAGAGUAUGAUCCAACAAUUGAGGAUUCUCAUCGAAAGCAGGUUGUUAUUGAUUCCGAGACUUGCCUGUUGGACAUUCUGGACACAGCUGGUCAGGAAGAAUACAGUGCAAUGAGGGACCAGUAUAUGCGAACAGGUGAAGGCUUUCUGUGUGUUUUUGCAGUAAACAACACAAAAUCAUUCGAGGAUAUCAACCAAUAUCGAGAACAGAUAAAACGAGUGAAAGAUGCUGAUGAAGUCCCUAUGGUGUUGGUUGGUAAUAAAGUGGAUCUUUCUACUCGAACAGUAGACACAAAGCAGGCAAAGCAAAUGGCUGAAAGUUAUGGAAUCCCUUAUGUUGAGACCUCAGCCAAGACACGACAAGGUGUUGAUGAAGCAUUUUAUACACUAGUUAGAGAAAUAAGAAAAUAUAAAGAGAAGAAAGGCAAGAACAAAAAGAAGCGACGCCGAUUUCCCUGUGUCCUUUUGUGAGGUUUUUUUUUUCCCAGACAUUUCAGUCAGUGACAGUUGACUUGGCAAACUUUACUGUUUCCUCUUUAUCUUGAUGGAGAAAUUUACUUAAAUUUUGGGGUCUUUCUUAUUUUUGUACUCUAUGGAUCAAUGUCCCAUUGCAAUUUUGAAGAAUGUAGUUAACACCCAUGUCAUGUCUUCUACAAAUUGUUUUGAAUUAGGUUAGCAAUUAAGCUCCUUCAAUUCUGUCAUUUCAUUAAACCCGUGAUUAUCUUUUCUUUUUUUUUUUUUUUAUUACCAAGUGCUGUCCUAAUUUUCAUUGGGUUUAAAUAAUUUUUUUGUUGAUUCAAUUCUUAUUAAUUUGUUUUUCCUGUAAAGGUACACAAAUGCUCUUUUGUUUUUAUAGGGUUUAAAUUUUGUCCUUAUUUGUGUGUGUGUGUGUGUGUGUGUGCGUGUAUAUAAUUAUAUAUAUAUACAUGUAUGUAU